GCCGCCGGGACCGAUCCACGCUGAUCGAGGCCGGAGCCAAUUUCGAGAGUGCGUUUCUUUUGUGCGCGGCCCUCGUCUUCUCCUCGGGGAGAGAAGGACGGAGGAAUCUGUGAAACCUGUGAGUCCUUGUGGAUAAGCAUCCAGCUCGACAGCGAUCGAAAGGAUUUUUGAAAAAUUGCAUGCACGAAUCGGAGUUUUAUCGCGCUAAUUAGGAGUUUAACUUUAUUGUGAAUUUUACGUGCAUCGAUUUUUUUCUUCUUUGUUGGAAGCCAAAAAUUGUGUUAAAUUUUAAAGUGGAUAAAAUUUUAAAUAAAAUUUUGCACAUUGAGAGCAGGUAAAAAACGAGUGACACAAAAAUGUUGGUCAAUAGAAAAUUUCUUAGUUUACCGACUUUGAGUGUUAAGUGAUUACUCUUUCAGAUGAUUGCGAGUGAAAACGUACGAGAGUAGAAUCGGAGUCCAUCGACAGGAUUGAAAUAAAGUGGGAAAGUACAUUGUGCGAUUUGUAUCGUGCGAAACCGUUUCUCGAUAUCGCGGAGCGAAAAGAGAUUACUCCGAUAUGUGAAUCAUAGUCAUAAUUCACGCGAAGCGUCGUUUCUUUCUUGACUUGGAGGCACACGCAAAGUCCCCGCAAAUUAAACUUACAGUACAAUUCAGAUCUGGCCAGUCUCUGCAGACUUAACGUUCCAUUAAGUUGCAUCUAUAAAGUAAAAAAAUAAAAAUUGCGAUCGUAAUUCAUGGAUUUUCUCUCGGUAAUAGGUGACAACGCGAUCAGGUGAUAAACCCUGGAGGAAAGAAACGGUCCAAAGGCAGAAUCGGGAGGAAGUGAAGUAUCUAGAUUUGUAGAACGGCUACGUUGUGCUAAUGUGUGCCAGUGCGCGCGGUUGACUAAGAUCGACUCGGCGAUUUGACUGGAUCUCUCCUUGGUGAUCGAGAUCGCUGAUUUUCCCGAGCGACCGACGCGAACGUCGCGGUGAGUGCGCGUGCACUCGCGGUAAACGCGCGGGCGCAUCGACGAAAAUCUCCCGAGUCUGCAUGUACUCGGUUGCUGGCGAUAUAUCAACCAUUGACGGAUUUCUGAUCAUGGAUCUGCACGUUGUCACCCAGCGAUCGUUGACUUUCUCAGGUGGAAUCGCGCGGAGGGCAUCGGCGAAAGUAUUUUCGAUCGUCCGCAGAAGGUGAAGGAAGGAUGAAGAAUGCCCCGCGCUGGCGGAGGAGACGGGGGUAGCGGCCCCCAGAGGACAGGUGGGGGUGGCUUCGGAGGAUGGCUGGGUGGCGCUGCAAGGGCCAUGACGGGUGGAGGCGUCGGUGGCGGGUACGUUGUUCUGGGUGGCACCAGAUACGGUUUGCGGAUCUCUCAGGAGAGCCUGCCGUCUGCCAACUCCAGAGAGGAAUCGCAGGAGCGCCGGCGGAAGCGGAAUUCGCGCGAGGGCGAUUCGCGGGAGCGACUGACCGAGAGAUCGGUGGCGGAAAAACCGCCGAUCGAUCUAACGGCCAGCAUCGCCGAUUGUUGCUGCAUCGGUCCACGAUCGCGCCUACCGCUCCCACGAAUCCCGCCGGCGAUCUCCGCCCCUUCGACCGUGUCCUCGACGGCGACAGCAGCAUCGUCCGCGUCGUCAUCGUCGGCGUCGUCGUCGUCAUGCCCUUCGAUCGUCGCUGGCGGUUAUCCCUCCGGGGGUAUCGCCGCCGACUGUUCGCCGCCUCUUCCUGCUUCUACCGCGAGCGUCGCGGAGACGACGCCGACGCUUGCUAAUAAUAGUCGCGGCGCGGCUCAAACAUCGGUGGGGAACAUCGGCAGCACCAGCCAGCAGCAGCAACAGCAGCAGCCGCACCACUACCAGCAGCAUUAUCCACAAACAGCAGUGGCGGCGGUAACAUCGUCGUACUCGCCACCGACGACGACGCCGUGCUCACCCUCGACGUCGCUCGGCUACUUGUCCGGCGUUCCGACGACGACGCAGACCGUCUCCGUGCCGCGGCAGCUCGCGCAGUGGACGAAGCAUCAGACGCUCAAGCUGCAGGAACCAGCAGUGAUAGCGGUGGACCGAUUGCACAGGUUUCGUUGGAGCGGGGGCGGAGGAGGAAGUGGCAAGAAGUCCUCUUCCGGCCCCCGCAGCGAGAAGGCCGAGCGCCUUCGCGAGCUCACCGAGAAACUCAAGGGACCAGCACCGGUUCCGCCACCCAGAAGACCGUCGCGAGUGCAGGCUUUCUCCCCUCCUCCGAGCGGAUACCAGCCGUCGUCUCAAAAUUAUCCACAGACGGGCUUGAAUCCAAAUUGUGGCCGUUGUGAGGGUCGCUCAUCUCAUCGCAGCUAUACAUAUAGCGAGGGCAGCCAGCAUGGUAAUAGCAAUCAGGAAUUUCAACAACAUCAGCAACAGCAUCAGCAGCAAGAAAAUCCGAAGACGAUGGUCCGUAGUGAAAGUGUCAGUGAAGAGUGUCUCAGUGAUCGCUCGGGAAACAACAUAUACCGGAAGUCCUGCCACGACUCGAGGAAGACCUCGAGAUCAGGCAGACCCGAGAGAAACAGUGAUGACGUCAGUGACCUCAGGAGCAAACCGAAUGCCAAUGCGGAGGCGGCGAAACACUUGAGACAGUACAGUGAUUCCGUGGUGAACAGUGCUACGAGUGACGAUUUGUGCGAUAACCUGAACGCUUCCGUUGGCGGUAACGAGGGGGAGGCCCGGGAUGCCAUCACCACGCUGGAGCCGCGUGGGCUGCUCGCCUUUCACAGAUCCGGCGCGCCCUAUAGGAGUGCCUCCUUCAGCCAGGUGGACUUUAAUCAAGCGAAUCGACAGAAAAGUCAGCCGAUCGUAACGUCCAAUCGCUCUGAGACCAAAGACGUUCGAGCGAGCACGUUACCUCGUCGUCGGGGUGAUGUCACACCGGGUAGCUUGACACCACAAAACAGCCCCAAUCGACAGAGUCCGAGGACGUCGACGCCCAGCGUCGACAGCGCCGUCGGUUCUGCCGAGGGUCUGGGUGUUUCGCAGCAAGGGAACCACGAGGAGAUACGACCCAGAAGCGAUGGCUCAGACAGUCUGGCAACUUCCAGCGCACUCACCAGCCCGGAACCACUAGUUCCGGAGACGAACCAGAUUGAGCCCAGGGUCGAUUUGGUGCAAACGGACUCGCCCGCCGUUGAACUCGUUGGCCACGAAUCAGUGUAUCCGGUCGUCGAAGGAAGCAUCGUGGAACAAACUAUUCAAAAAGAAACCAGGAUAGAGCCGCACGAGGUGAUCAUCACACCACCCCCGGAGGAGCCGCGACUGAGUCAAGCGAGCGAGGGCAGCGAGGCGCCGAGCGAGACGCCCUCGGAGGCAUCCUCGCCAUCCGGCAAGACGAGACGAUAUCGGGGCGACACUAGCAAGAGGAGGAAGGGCGUGUACAUAACUCAAUGGCCAGAGCCCUUGGACGCGGACAGGAACAAGCUGUCGGCUCAGAGCAGCGAGGAGAGAGACGAGCCACCUGCGACGCCUAGCGACCUGUCCGACUGCGAGGGCCACACGCCUCGAAGGUAUAGCAAGAGGCCCCUUCGCGGGCCCUACGGCCAAAUGCUGGAGGCUGAGAUGGCGAAACCGCGCACCACCGAUAUCGCGCUCGAGGAAGGUCUUCGUCCUCGCAGAAAGAUCUCCGCGAAUCUCUCGUACAACGCGAGCAGCAACAACAACAGCGGCUCCGAGCCGCCCACGCCUUGCCACCAUCGGACGACCUCCAGCCCGACCAAACUUGACGGACUUCCGGGGCCGAGUCCUGAGCUGCUCGCGGAGCUGCUGAGAGGGUCCUCGGAGAGGGUGGCUCGCGCACCGGCGCAUCGAAACGAUACGAGGACUCAUGUGGUUGUGGAGCUUUACGAUACGGAACGCUCCUAUGUAGAGGCGCUACAAAUACUAGUCAAUAAAUACCUACAGCCCCUGAAGAGCCCCGAAAAUGCCGGUCUGGUGGAUGCUGCAACAGUCGAUGAGAUAUUUUAUCAGAUCCCUGCGCUUCUCAGUCAUCACGAGGUAUUCUUGGAGGAGUUGCGUAGGCGACUGGACACCUGGGAACUCAGGCAGACGAUCGGCGACGUCUUCCUCGAUGUGUUCACGAAGCCGGUGGUGCUGGAGACAUACACCCUGUUUCUGGACAAUUGGAAGUCUGCGAGGAAGGCGAUAAAAACAACGUGCCAAGCGAAGCCGGCCUUCGCACGAUUUCUCGAGACAAUGGAGCGCGAGCACAAGGGCAAGCUGGGUCUGGAUCAGCUACUGAUCAAACCCGUGCAGAAGAUCCCGCGGUACGAACUGUUGAUCCAGAGGCUGCUAAAACACACGGAUCCGACGCAUCCCGAUCACGAGUUGCUGCAGGCCGCGCAGAAGGUAGUGCACGAGCUGGUAGUGAAGAUCAACUGUACGGAAAGGGAGUCGCUCGAAUGGGAACAGCAGCAGACCACGCUGAGAGAGGUCCAGGCCCUCGUCGAAGGUCUCGCCGGCAUCGUAACGAACGACAGAGCUUUCGUCCGACACGAUCUGGUCACCAUAGCGUCGAAUCAGGGUACACGGAAGGAACGAGCUUUAUUUUUGUUUUCCGAUCUCCUCGUCAUCACCAGCAUCAAGCGCAGAAGCGGCACGAUAAGAAAACCAUCAACAAGCACGUGUCCGAACAGCCUGGUCGGUCUGCUCGACGCAAACAAGUACAAAAUGCUGAUGCGGAUCUCACUGGAUGAUCUCGAAGUGAUGAAAGCCAAAGACGAGAAUUUAAGACGAAUGGUACGCGAAGUGGAUUAUCUCCGAGAAGAUUGCACGAAGUUGACUCAGCUGCAGGAACUCGCCGCGACUUUGCAUGGUGCCAAGCAGCAGUUGGAAGACCUUAUCAAGGAUAUGCUGAGUCAGGCCCAACGGCAAUUGGCGGAAAGAAACGCGGCGCAUUCGCAGUUGGCUUGCUUGGAACUUACACUUAAUACUCAAGCCGGGAUCGAGAAUAUAUCCGUCAUGUUCGCGAAGCCUGACAAGCGUGCGAGCUGGGAGGAGAGUUUUAAUGAAGCCAAACAGAAGCUCGCACUAUCGGCUGACAGGAGACCGUGUCCUGAAUUCGUGGGGCCUCUGCCCAUCAGGAAAACGCGAGCGGGCCUCCAGUUCACUUGCGCGGCGCCGACAUUGGCGAACGGGCAGGGAUCGAAGGAUGUCUGGGUCUGCAACAGUGACGGUUACGUCGGUCAGGUGUGCGUACUGAGUCUAAGCCCAGAACCACCUCAAGUAACGUCGUGCAAUGGAGUCUGCAACGCCAGGAUACUCUGCGUCGCUGGAAUACCUGCGUGUACGCCUGGCUCAAACUCGUGCACGUCGAACAACAGUCCGUUUGCUAACAGCAAGAGUGGUAUAAGUAUCUCGGUGCAAGACGUGGAUGCCAGCGGCGGUAACAUACAGUUAGACAGUAGCUCGAGCUCCGACGAUUCGGACUCGGACGACAUUCCAUGUGCAGACACGAGCAGCGUAACGCUGAGCGGCGACGUAUCGAGUAUCGACAAUACUAUCACGGAGGAGGAUACGAAUCAGCCUACGAUGUGGCUGGGAACCGAGGAUGGCUGCAUCCAUGUAUAUAACUGCAACGACAACAUUCGUAUCAAGAAGAACAAAGUGAAGAUACAGCACGGCAGCAGCGUGCAUUGCAUCAUAUAUUUAGAUAACAAGGUGUUCGUCUCUCUUGCCAACGGAGAUAUCACCGUUUACGUUCGGGACCAUAUCAGUGGAUGGAACACUCCGGAUCCAACGACGGUGUCCGUCGGGACGGUAGCGUCACCGGUGACCAAAAUGCUGUCCGUCUCCGGGAAACUUUGGUGCGGAUGUCACAACAGCGUUAAAGUUUUGAAUACCCACACUCUGGACAUCGAGCACACAUUCGCCGUGAGCAGCGACCCAAGCCGCGCCGUUUCCUGUAUGGCAAACUCUGGCGGUUUAGGCGUUUGGAUUUCCUUACACAAUAGCGCUGUGCUGAGGCUUUUCCAUUCCGGUACAUACGAGUGCCUAACCGAUAUCAACAUCGCGCCAGCUGUUACCAAAAUGCUUGCCACAGGUUGCGAUGACAUAAUUCGGCAGCACAAGGCUGCGUGUCUCAGGGUCACCGCACUAUUGGCUUGCAACGAAUUGCUUUGGAUCGGCACGAGCGCUGGCGUGCUGCUCACCGUGCCAAUUCCCCAUAUAAAGCCAUCUACUCAGAGGAUGUCGCAGCCGCCGAUCGUAACUGGAAUUCCUCACGGACACACAGGACACGUGCGUUUUCUCACCUGUGUGGAAACACCGAAUCCCUCGAAACCGGAUCCUCGUCCAAAGGUGAAUCGUUAUUCAUUAAAAUCGAACAAAACGCAACAGAACAACAUCAAUCGCGGUAAACUCCUGGUGAUAUCCGGCGGAGACGGUUAUGAAGACUUCCGUGGACCUCAAGCAUCCGCUGAGUUGCAAGCUGGUCGCGAAGACUCCACAAACCAUUUACUGUUGUGGAAAGUGUGAUACGAUAUGGCACGACCCCAGGUUCAGGAUGAUGCAGAAAUCAUUUUACUUCUAGCAAGGGUCGCGGUAAAUGAAAGCCGGCAUGACACGCCGUGGGAAUCGUUGUACGCGCAGCACGCAGGCAGACGUUGCCGUCGUCUGAUCGUGGCCGAUCAGAACACAUCGGCGCGUCGGGUUUUCAGGGAACGCGGGCGGGUUCUCUGGUUGGUAUUAGCUGAGUGGAUCAAGAGUAAGAUGCGAGAAGUGCACUGCUCUCAAGACGUAAGGAAAUAUCGAUUGCAGCUCGCGCGGGAGUCCGACCGAUCGAAGACGGUCAUGGAUCUGUCUUAGUCAUCGUUGCGCGAUUUAUAAGUGGAUUUGUAAUUUCCCGAUCAUGAUGAGUUACGUCGGUCUGAUGCAAGAUCGUUUACCAAUGACGAGUGCUCGAUGACCGUGGGAUUUUGCUUUCUCGAUUACAUAUCCGAAAUUAUUUGGAGAUUAACAUAUAAUAAAACAAUUAUUAUAUUUAAAUCUGAACGUUUGUAUUAUUUUCUCUUUACAUUGUAAAUUGUUCAAUUAUUAGCAAUAUGCGUUUGCAUUAAAUAAUCACGAUUGAAAAAAAAUGUGUAUAUUUAUCUCGAGUUGCCUUAUAAUAUUUGCGAUAUUUACAUGUAUUUGAAACUGUUAACUUCUUGUGAAUUGAGCACAUGUCUUUGGUAAAUCAUUAAUACCGGACGAAUCGCGGGAUCGCGAAUUUUCUGUUGGAAAUGGUAGGAUCUGAUUCUUGAUGUCGAUGUCGAUGAAUGUUUUGAUAUCGAUUCGCUAUACACGAAGAUAUAUGUAGUCUUGAAAGUGGCCCACACGUUAAGUUAACAGAUUCCAAAACAACACAAAGGUCCAAAGAACGUGUACAAGAACGUCUACAAAAUUUAUAAAAAUGAAACCUGUUUUUCUUUAAGUAGGGUCUUUACGAUACUUUUUAGAUGUUUGUCUCGUUUAGAUUUGAUCCGUACGUGUAUUUUUUUAGCUGCACUUUCUAACAUCUUAUACGUUUAAAAUGGGGAAAAAAAU